GAAUAUGCCUAUGUUCGCCAUGUCUUAAUUAGACAUAAUGGUACGCCACUCCGUAUACUCUUUGGCAUACCUAAAUGGAUAUCCUCCGUGGAACACGGCAAAACCAAGAUCAACGUCUACUAUGUGGACACCGAAUAUAGGAAUAGAUUCGUUCUUGCCGGUUAGAUAUUCUAGAUUAGAUCUAAUAGGAUUACAAUUAAACAGCUCAGAUGAUACACCCAUUCCCAUGGAGGUGAAUUCCACUGAACGGCAUUAUACGGAGACUUAUGCAUCUUAUAUUAGAAAUUUUAGAUGUAAAUCUAUAGCAUCUCCAGACUCAGUUUUUAGGGAACCGCUUCCAGGAGAAGAAAUCACACUACCUAACCCGUCUAGAGCUACCGGUGAAUACCUAUUGGAUAGGGGCCUCAUUGCUAAAAUCGCUGAACUGAGGACUUUUAUUGAAGAAAUAGAAAUAAGCCGGGGUAAGCAUUCAACAUUGAAGCUAAUGGAACGAGAGAUGAAUAAGGAUAAUGCCGAGAUACUCUGUCUAAGUGAGGAAGAAGCAAAUAAAAUGGAAGGACUCGUUGACGCUCGCGACGUAAAAAUGGAAGAAGAACCAUUACCUCCAAUUGAAAUUAAUGAUAAAACUCUGGAACCUAUCAACGAACACUUAUUUGAGGAGAAUAUGCUGGAGGAGGUAUUAGGAAAAGCUAUCAGCGUGUACCGAAAAGACAGAGACCAAGUAGCCAUAACGAGGCUACAGGAUAUCGCUGAGGAAAUGGCUCCAUUCGUGGAAAAAUUCCGAAAAUCACGUGCAGAAAAUAUAAUUGUACGUCUUAUUGACAGUUACUUGUACGAAAAAGAGGACUUCAACACCUUACUUGAGGAGCUCUACGACAAGAAACAGCUUAAUAAGUAUUUAAUUCAACGAUUUGACGAACUGAUCAAAUUAACGUCACAAAAGUUUAGGAUCAGUGACAAGCACCCAGCCAUAUCGGAAAACUUCCUUCGUAUACUUAAAGAUAGGGUAGCUGCACAAAUGCUAACAUCAGCCAGAGGCACUGCUAAGUGGGUCAGGAUACUUGCGGAAUGUUUCAAGUAUACCACCUGCGUGGAAUACGAGGAGGUGCUGCGGAAAAAUCUACGCAAAAUCGAAGACAUAGAAGAUUUCAGAAACUGGCUUCUAGAUGGUAUCGCAUAUUGCCGUGACGAGGGCAAACUGGAAGAUCGCAUAGAGGCUAUGGAGUCAAUAGAAUCCAUAGCAGUGUCACUACAUCCAGUGUGGACACCCGUGGAUGAUCACAUUGAAACCGAAGAUACACCCUACGACCAUCCUUUAAUGAUCGACGAAUCAUUGGCUGAGUUGUGAACCGAUGCGCCGUCUAUCGUGUUAACAC